GCAGGGCGAGUAGCUAUGGCGAACAAUAGUAGAAGUGUGAAGCAGCAAGCGAAGACCGUCCUCAGUCUCGUCGCGGCUCUCGGCAAGAUGACACGGACAGAUAAGCAGUUUGACGAUCUCUUGGCCUCCUUGAAAACCCGAAGAUGGAACCUGUGCAUUCUGGUCCUGGUUAGCCUGUUCUUCAUGGAGCUGCCUAUGUUCGUGUUCUCUGGAGCCUUUGCCGUGCCCAACAUCCCCCACACCUGCAUUGCCGCCACAUCUGAAGGUCCCACGCCUGAAGAGCAUCCCAGCACCUCCCCUACAUCUGCCUCGUCUGAUCCGGCUAAUAGAACCCUGGGCUUGGCUGGUGAUGAUGAGUCGUGCUCGCUACCAGGGGGUUCAUCUGGGUCGUGCACCAGCUGGGUCUUCAACAACACCGUGUACGGCCGCACUCUGACCUCCGAGUUCCAGAUGGUGUGUGACAGAAAGUCCCUGCGAGGGCUGUACAGCAGUGCCUACUUCAUCGGCGGCAUCUUUGGCUCGUCCCUGGGCGGUUGGUUGUCAGACAGGUUUGGCCGCAAGAAGACAAUGAGUCUGGGGAUCGUGGGGUACCAGACCACCGCCAUCAUUCUGCCGUGGCUGCCCAUCCUGACUCCUGUCUUUGUUCUUCGCUUCAUCAUGGGCUUCCUGCACCCCUGUAUGGUUCAGUCCAGCUUCACGCUAGUGAUGGAGGUGUUUUGAGGAGCGGUGGCGGUCGGCAGCCGGCAUCCUCAUCUUCCUGCCGUGGUGCUUUGGCAUGAUGGUGAUGGCCGGGAUCAGUGCCCUGGUGCGGGACUGGCGCUGGCAAAACUUCUUCCUCGCCCUGCCCUGGCUUCUGUUGCUGCCGUUCCUGUG